GCUCGAGCCUUCGGAGGCGCAGCGGCCUCAGAGGACGCGCCCCCCCUUGCUCACGCAGCAUGCAGAGGGCCUAGCACCCCACCCGCGCAGGGCGAUGUGCACCGGCGCGUGUGCUCUGCACGCCGUACCGUGUCGAGCCCGACGUGAAGAAAGGCAAUCAUCCUACGAGCAGCUCGACAAGUGCCUCAAGCUGACCGCAAGCGAAGACUCCACCAAUCGCACCAAGGUCGCGGAUCUCAUGCGCUACUACACCUCGAAGACCAGCGAUGUGACGGUCAGCCUGCAGGAGCACGUCAACUGCAAUAAGGAUGGGCCGAAUGACAUCUACUGCAUCACGGGGGACGACAAGCAGUUAAAGGAGUUCGACGGCAAGAGGAUCAAAGCGACGACCAAGACGGCCUCGCAGGAUUACUGGCAAGCCAACAUGGAACGCAACGAUUCCGAGAAUGAGGAGAGGAAAAGUACCUACCCGACGGCCUCGUUCGACCGCAACAUCACGAACAACCGCGCCAUGAUGUGCACCGUGUUGAUCCUCAGAAUCGGGAACAACCAGGGGAUGGGUGACGUCGGCUACGACAAGAUCUACGACAUCUACGUCCCGCCGCAGCACCUGCGCCUGUCCGAUGGGCCUAGCCUGGUGGUCGACACCAUCAUCAAACCGAACAUCUCCCGCGAGACGCUGCAGCAGAACAAGAUCUUGCGAGCGACCAAGAAGAAUAUCGUCAAGAAGUGCCUCGAGAUGUUUGUGGAGACCGCCGAGAAGAAGGACGACUACAAGAAGUUUCACGAGCAGUUCGGCAAGUGCCUCAAGCUUGGCGUGCACGAAGAUUCCACCAACCGUACCAAGGUCGCGGAGCUUAUGCGCUACCACACCUCGAAAUCUGGAGAUGAGAUGAUCAGCCUGAAGGAGUAUUUGGUCCGCAUGAAGGAGGGGCAGAACGACAUUUACCACAUUACGGGGAAGAGCAUCGCAGCGGCGUCGUCCUCGCCUUUCCUGGAAACGCUGCGCAAGAAGGGUCUUGAGGUCCUCUACAUGACCGAUUCCAUUGAUGAGUACUCCGUGCAGCAGCUGAAGGCGUUCGACGGCAAGAAGUUCAACUCGACGACCAAGGAAGGUUUGGACCUCGAGGACGAGGGCGAGAACGAGAAGAAGAAACUGGAGCUGAAGGCGGAGUUCGAGCCGCUGACGAAGCUGAUGAAGGAGGUGCUGGGCGACAAGGCGGAGAAGGUGGUUGCCAGUUCGCGCAUGGCGGACUCGCCCUGCGCGUUGACCACGCACGGCCUGCAGCCGAAGCCUUUCGUCGAGGCCUGCUAUGGCUGCUGGCAGGACGGCGACUUCAUAAAGAACGACGAGCCCCUGAGCAACGUUCUGCCAGAUGAACUGGUACUCCAUGCACUCCUACAUGGCGUCCAACCUGCCCCCCCUUUAAGAGAGCGCGGGCGCCGCCAACGAGGCGUCUCAGAUGGCGAAACGUCGACUCGGACUGAGAUGCUGUCUCUUUCUUUUCUGAUGCACCCUCUGAGCCACGGCCAUAUUUGCAUCCUUUUUUACGUUAAGUGACUCGGGCACCCGCUCGCCUGCGUGUAAUGACUUACUUGCAGGCUAGAUGCACGGUCUCCGGCUGUGCGUCGAUGCCCCCCGAGUGCAAUCGCCCC